UAUUAUUAAAAAUGAACAAAAUCGUCAACAGUGCUAUGAUGGGAGUGGCUAAGCGCAUCAUGAUGUGCAGACCUACACAUUUCAAGGUGGAUUACUCGAUAAAUCCAUGGAUGGACGAAAAGAUUCAGGCAGAUUUUGAGAAAGCCACGAAGCAAUGGGAUACACUGAAGAGUACAAUUGAGAAGUGUGGAGCUGAGGUGGUUGUGAUGGAAUCAGAAGAUGCUCGAGACUACCCGGAUAUUGUUUUCUGUGCGAAUGCAGGCAUUCUUCGUGGAAAUAAGAUAUAUUUGUCACAUUUUGCCUUCCCCGAAAGAUAUGGAGAACAUGUGUUCUAUAAACGAUUUUUCGACAAGCUCGGCUAUCAGACUUCUUUCAAUCAUAAAAUUAUUCACGAAGGAGCCGGAGAUGCGUUGUGGUGUGGCAAUGGAAUGAAUAUUCUUGUGAGUGGAGUUGGACCAAGAUCUGAUGUUCAAGCGUGUCAGGACAUCAAACGGAAGUUGAAGUUAAAUUCUGACGAUACGUUCUACGUAGUCGCAGCUCGUCUGGUAGAUCCACGUUUUUAUCACGUUGAUACAUGUUUCUGUCCGCUUGAUGAGGACCUAGCAAUGGCUUACAUGCCAGCAUUCGACAGUGUUUCCCAGAACAAUAUUCGAAACUACACGGAUCUCUUACCGGUUCCUGAGAAAGAUGCCCGCCGGUUUGUGUGCAAUUCCGUGGUGAUUGGCAAAAACGUAAUAGUUCAUCAUGGUUCAGACACGACGUUUAAGCUGCUAGAGCAACAUGGAUUCCAGGUUCAUCCGAUUGACAUGAGCGAAUUUAUGAAAGCUGGUGGUUCCGCAAAAUGUUGCACUUUGAGAUUGGAAUAAAUGAAUAUUCUUUUUU